CACACCUGUCCUCUCCCUCUAGCUUCCCCACCUAAUAAUAGUCUACUCAUUCUCACAUCUCCUCCUGCAAAAAGAAAAGGAUUUUUCAGUACAGGGGGAUUCGGUGCUCGUCCCCUUCCUCCUCUCCUCUCUCCCUGCUUCUGAUGCUGCUGUCCCAACUGUAGCAGUAGCCACCACCUUCUCCAUCUCGUCGGCUCUGAUUAGAUUUCUUGAUGUCGUGUUAGCCUUUCCCUGUUCCUUUAGCUAAAGAAUUUAACGGCAGUGGGGCAGAGACGGAUUGAUGCCAUUGUUCGAUUCUUUCUCCUCCUUUUGCUUCCUUUUAAGCAUUGCUUUUCCUGGCCAUCCUUUUCCAUUCCCAUUUGUUUUGUAGGCUAGCUGCCAUAGCCUUUUUCUCGUCUUCCAGGGCUAGUAUCUCAGUAUCUCCACUUGCUUCUCAUUCUUAUAAUCGUCGUCGUCGUCUUCCUCUGUGAUCUGUGGUUGCCUUCUCUGCUUCGCCUCCAUUUCUGUUCUUGGCUGCUUGUUCUUCUUCUUGGGCGUUGUUAGCCAAGAAAGCGAAUUCGUUUCUUUUUUUCUUGAGCGAUUUGAGCUCGGUUCUUUCUGCUUUGGACAGCGAUUGAGUGAAUGAGUGAGUGAGUGAGUGAACUCAGGGCCUUUCCUGCUUUCUUCAUGGACAGCUCACUCUGCACAGCUCAAGGUUCUUGCUGAGUGAAGCAGAGAACUUUAGCUGCUGCCGCCAUGGAUAGGGCGUCAAGAUCAGGUGUUCUUUCAGAGACGGCUUCUUUCGCCGACACUCCGAGGUCCAUCUAUUCGUCCUGCAAUCUCCAGCAUCUUCAGUCACAGAGUAUCCGGAAGAUACAUGAAGGUGCCUUGGAUAUAUCGCCACGAUUCUCCUACUGCAAACCUAAUGCUAGUCAGGACAAGAUACUGCACAGAAGAUUCUCACUUAACUUGCCAGAGCAUAUGCCAGGCCAUUACUCCAGGACAGUAACUGAAAGAAAUCAAAAGGCUGCUUCAAAGUCCAUCACAGAUCUAGUCGUGGAGAUUGCGGCCCUUGAGCAGGAAGUCGUCCGAAAGGAAUUGCAUCUGCUAUCCCUCUAUAGAAAAGCAUUUGAUCAGUAUUUAUCGGAGUCUGGCAGUGUUACGAGUGAGGUGGAUCAAGAAUUGCUGAAAAACAUUGACGAGGGUGCCCUUCGUUUGAAAGACAUCAAGCAAUCUGCAGCCUUCAACUUACCAAUAGUCUCAGAUACUAAAAGUGAGGUAUCAAGAUCACCUUCAAGGCAUUCCAGCCUUGUUAACUUCUUGAGUGCAUCUAUUUCUGAAUAUGUACCCAAGAUCUCUUGCAAACUAUCAGAAGACAUUCUGAGCUGCAUAGCUGCUGUCUACUGUAAACUCGGAAGCGUGCCACUGCAAGAUAGCGAAUACAUAACCUCCCCCAGUCCUUCUGUUUCAUCUUCAAGUACUUUUUCUCCGAGGAACCGCAAUGAUAGCUGGAGCCCUCGGUACAACUUCGAUAUCACCCCGAGCCCUCGCCAAUAUGGAUACGAGAAAGAGAAUAAUGAACAAAAGAACAUAGGCAUGAUAAUUGUCCCAAGGAUACGAAUAGAUGCUGACAAGUUUGAUUACGCCUCAAAAAUGCUUGAGACUAUCAGGUCCCUGAUUCAACGGCUUGAAAAAAUUGACCCAACAAAGAUGACACACGAGGAGCAACUCUGCUUUUGGAUUAACAUCCACAAUGCUUUAGUCAUGCAUGCAUUUUUGGCCUACGGGCUGCACGAUAAACGCAUGAAAAGCACGGACAUGAUUCUGAAGGCUGCGUAUAAUGUUGGUGGGCAGUCAGUAAACGCUCAAAUAAUCCAGAACUCAAUUCUUGGAUGCCAAUCCCAUCGUCCUUCGCUGUGGGUUCGGGCGCUGUUCGCACCAACGAAGAGAUCCAUGGCAGGGACAGCCAGGCAUCCAUAUGCCCUUCAGCAUCCAGAGCCAGUUGCUCAUUUUGCCCUCUCCACUGGAGCAUUUUCAGAUCCACCUGUGAGGCUGUACAGUGCGAAGAAGAUACACCAGCAGCUGGAGGUGGCGAGGACGGAGUUCAUCCAGGCGAACGUGGUGGCGAGGAGGCAGGCGCUGAUGCUGCCCAAGGUGCUGCACUACUACGCCAAGGACGCGGCGCUGGAGCUGCGGCAUGUGGUGGAGCUGGUGUGCGAGAGCAUCUCGGAGGCGCAGCAGCGGGAGAUCCAGCUCUGCCUCAGGAGGAGGAUCGACAAGUGCGUCGAGUGGCUGCCCUACAAGUCCUCCUUCAGAUACGUUGUACAUAGGGACCUGGCCGAGUAGGCAUGCAGCAAAAAAGGAUUUGGGUUCGUUUUAUUCUUCUUCUUCUUCUUUUCUUUGUUUUCUUUUCUUUUUUGUUUGAAAUUCAAAUUUCAAAUUGCGGUUUGGAUGUGCAGUGCUGUCUCGUUGUGGUGUAAGUAAAAGAACGGAUUUCUGGUGAGGGCAAUGGCGUGGGUUGGGUUUGUAAUGGAUUUUGCGUUGUGUGUGUAUGUGUGUGUAAAUAUAGGUGAUUUGUGAGUUGUGAUGCUAAUAGUAUGGCAGUGUCGACAACUCGACAAGAAAGGGGAGAAAUAUUGGUAACUUUGUCACAGUUCGAUUUUGUCACGAGUGCCAAAACUUUCGCCACAAAGUGAGAGUAUGACAUGUUGAACAUGUAUUCUUAGCUUAACUUCCAGAACAGUAUGGCAUGUUGAAUCAUGUGCUUAAUAAAGUGUAGCUUGUCUUAGCUUAUA